AUGUACUGCUUGAGCGUCCGGAGAGCAAGGGAAGCGGAAGAGAGGGGAUAUGUGGCGAUAAUCUUCACGUUCGGAGUCACAAGCUCAAAGGAUAAUGUGAAGUCGGGAAGCUUUCAGGGGUACAAUAAGCGUUCCUUUGUCUCAUCAAGGUCUGCAUACGAACCUGAUCCCAACGAACGGGGUGGCAUUCGCAGAGACGGCCUAUUAACAGUCCACACCAAAGAAUUGAGCUCCAACGAGACUGCCAGGGAUAUUGAGUUGAUAGCUGGCCUUCGUUACCGACACCUACGCAGUGGUGGAAAGACACAUCGACUGUGUCUGCGGGGGAUUUUCAUGUUGCAAUACUUUCGCGACCUCGUAUUAGACAGGAUAUAUCAGAUCUUAGGAUAUGCCAAUCGAUCGUGGAUUUAUCGCAAUACGAAUCGCCCGGCCAUGGGUGCACAGGCUGAAACAGUGGACCCGAUUUCCCCCAAAUUUAACAUCAGUCCAAGCCUUUUGUGGGUGCCGAAUGAGACGGUCAAAUGGUGAGACUCUGUCCCACUUCUUUGUCUUCGUAUGAUGCUACUUACAAGAGCGGGGCCAAGUCGUAAAAUCGAUAGCCACAUUG